GUACCAUGCCCUACAAACAUCCCAUUGAUAUUCAAACAGGUCAUUUUGACCUCGACGUAUCCGGCGUCGCAGGGUUCUUUGGGGGUGAAGAAGCCAUCUGGCAGCUGGAACGUUGGCAAAAAGUUCGGAAUGCUCGCAAAUUCCCAUUUUUGGGAUGGGCUUUUCCCUGGACCUAAUGAAGACCCCGCAAAAUUCUUCGAGCUUGAUGGCAAGCAGGGCCCAAAAUAUGUUGCUUCUAGAUCUGGAUCCAUCCUGGAGCACACCGGCCACCUUGCGUAUCUGAUGAUGCAGAUAUGCAAGGAAGAGCUAGGAGUACAUGUAGGAGGAAGAGUCACAAAGCGGAAUAACGUGACUCUUAUCCAGACACAACUCGUUUUUGAGGAAUCAACGGCAAAAGAGAAACCGCCAGUACGCACGAUUCAACCUCAUGACGGGCGUCAAAAAUACGUUGCAAUUGACUGGUUCUGUUGUUCGAUGAUCCUUCUUGGCAUCAUCUCAAACGGCAUGGCCUCCUUGGUCAUAGGGUCUGCAAGUUUAGAGCUGCAAGGUGUGAAGUCAGCACCUACGGCUCCGCCCGGAGACGGAAUGCUGAUGGACGGUGAUGAUGUCGUCCUCCUGCUCGGGAAAGAGGAAGACGUCGCUACCAUUACGAGAGGCAGGUUCACUCUAAGGUAUGAGCCUUGGGUUAAGAUGAGGAGCAAGAAGGAAGAGAGGAAACGUUUCGUUUUUAGAGACGGAACGAGGUCAACCAAAUCAAACCGCAGAAGCGAUGCAGAGGACGGUUUUCGAAACAUAUCUUUAGACCAAGGUCCAAACCAUGAGGUCGUACCCAUCAGGGACGAGUACUUUGCUAUUGGAUCGUGUUCGCUCCUGCUCGUUGCACAACUCCUCGCGCAACUGCUCUUAAUUCCCCAGGGCACAUUCUUUGGUCAAAUUAUGUUCCUGUCCUCUUUCGCAGCUUCGUGGGCGUACAACCUGUACUUGUCCUCGAUCGACAACGAGCAUAUCCAGGAAGAGUUACUCCUAGAAGCACUCAAUCUGAAUGAGCAACAUAUGCGGACUUACAGCCUUGGCACGAGAACAACUGCCGCCGUAUUCGCAUGCCUGAUGCUCCAGCCUCCUGGUGUUUAUGAAGAAUCGGAGUGGAAGAAACUAGGUUUCGAACCAGAAGGUAUCAUCCGCAAAUUCAUUCCAAAUGAUACGCCAGUAUGGACGACAUGGAGAGAAAAGGUCUUGGGUGUAAUGAGGGACCAGAAAGUUUGCAGCCGAGACACUUGCUACGAUUUGCUCCAGAUGAGUGACCAGGAGAAAGAUAUGUUCAAGCCCAAUGACCAAAAGCUUCUCGAAAACCUGUUAGAGGACGCUCGCACCGCAUACGAACUGGAUUGAUUCUAUCAUGCGACUGUAAUCAAUCAUGCAUUUUAUCGGUGCACCACUCAUCUUUACAUCAAAGGAGCCGAAGGAGUCACAGCCUUGAUCAGAACACGGUGGCUGCCGGUGCAUUCAGACAAGUGUAAGUCCUCACUGAAGUGGACUAGCUAAGUUACUCUUC